AUGUGUGUGUAGGAAUCAAUCACCAUUGAAGACGUGACCAUCAACUUCACCCCAGAUGAAUGGGCCCUACUGGACACGCCCCAGCGAAAGCUGUAUAGAGAUGUGAUGCUGGAAAACAUCGGUAACCUGGCAUCUCUUGUCCACAUUGCUAUUUUCUUCUGGACAGGACAAGAAUGCGGCAAACCAGAUGUAAUUUUCAACAGAGCUGAAAGAGAAAUUCUAUGCAUUCUAGAACAAAAAGAUUUUCCUCCAAACCAGACCCCAGAAAGAAUGAGCACAGAUGAAGGAGAGGAAAUGAAAAACAUUCAAAUUAUGAAUAAGAAUAAAACACACACCAUCAAGCCCUUGGAGAACACUCAGGGCAAGCAGAUACAUUUUGAAGGAAAUCUGUGUGGGAAAACCUUGACAUAUCCUUCUGCAUUGGGAAGACGGAAAAUGACUAUCUUUGGAAAUGAAUGUUGUGUACUAGAAAAAAUCUUCAAUCAAUCUUCUAAAUUUUACCGGCAUCUGAGAACAGAAGCUGGUGAAAAACAUUAUAAAUGUCAUCUUUGUGGGAAAAGAUUGAAAAAUUCACAGAGCCUGAAAAAUCAUAUGAGAACACACACAGGGAACAAACCUUAUGAAUGCCAUCUAUGUGGGAAGACCUUCUCCCAGUUAUGUAACCUUAGUAUACAUGAGAGAACACACACAGGAGAGAAGCCAUAUAAAUGUGAUGUGUGUCAAAAAACUUUUGCUCAUUCUAAUACUCUUAAGAAUCAUAAGAGAACACACACAGGGGAGAAGCCGUAUGAAUGUCAUCUCUGUGGGAAGGUCUUCUCUCUUUUAGGUAACCUUAGUAAACAUGAGAGAACACACACAGGAGAGAAACCUUAUGAAUGUGAUGUGUGUCAAAAAGCUUUUGCACAUUCUAAUACCCUUAAAAGUCAUAAGAGAACACACACAGGAGAGAAACCAUAUGAAUGUCAUCUGUGUGGGAAGGCCUUCUCUCAGUUAUCUAACCUUAGUGUACAUGGGAGAACACACACAGGAGAGAAGCCAUAUGAAUGUCAUCUAUGUGGGAAGGCCUUCUCUCAGUUAUCUGCCCUUGGUAUACAUGAGAGAACACACACAGGAGAGAAGCCGUAUGAAUGUCAUCUGUGUGGGAAGGCCUUCUCUCAGUUAUCUACCCUUAGUAUACAUGAGAGAACACACACAGGCGAGAAGCCAUAUGAAUGUCAUCUAUGUGGGAAGGCCUUCUCUCAGUCAUCUACCCUUAGUACACAUGAGAGAACACACACAGGAGAGAAACCAUAUGAAUGUCAGCUGUGUCAAAAAGCCUUUGCUUAUUCUAAUACCCUUAAAAUUCAUAAGAGAACACACACAGGAGAGAAACCAUAUGAAUGUCAGCUGUGUCAAAAAGCUUUUUCUCAUUCUAAUGUCCUUAAAAAUCAUAAGAGAACACACACAGGAGAGAAACCCUAUGAAUGUCAUGUGUGUAACAAAGCUUUUGCUCAUUCUAAUACCCUUAAAAAUCAUAAGAGAACGCACACUGGAGAGAAGCUAUAUGAAUGUCAGCUUUGUGGGAAUACCCACUCUCAAUCCUCUCACCUUAAUAUACAUAAGAUAACACACACAGGAAAGGAACUAUAUGAAUGUGCUCUACGUGGGAAGAACUUCACUCAAUCAUCUCACCUUACUAAGCAUGAGAGAACACACAGCAGGGACAAUAUAUUGACGACACCCCCAGAACAGCCUGCAGUUUUCUCAACUUAG